GGAUUCAUGUCGUCAAUGCUGUACGGUUGUUUGUCCGAUCGUCAGUCUGGACAAUGCCCUGAAUCUCACACAUUAGGAAGAGGGCUCAGUAUUAUGAGGUAUCAAUGGUUCGCCGCAGAGGACCGCUCAUAGCAACAGAUAUCCUUCCAACUACUCAAUAAACUCAGGUUGCAGAAAAUGUCGAAGAAGAUCGUAUUGGUCAGUGGGGCGACAGGUAAUCAAGGAAGUGCGCUUGUCAGGGCCCUUCUGCAGCAUGGCGGGUAUCACAUCCGCGCUCUCACGCGCGAUACACAAUCCGAUGCAGCCACGUCGCUAGCUGAGAAAGGGGUAGAUGUUGUCCCCGGUCAGCUGAGCGACAAAGACAGCCUUUUGAAGGCGUGUCAAGGGGUUUAUGCGGCCUUCGGUGUCUCUAUUCCGUCGACGGGUCCGGGGAUUGCCGACGAGAAAGUUCAAGGUCGGAAUUUGGUGGAUGCAUGCAAGGCGAAUAACGUGGAACUUCUCGUGUGGUCCUCCGUUCCUGGCUGCAAGGACACUUCUCACGGUAGAUUCGCUGUUCCUGUUUUCGACGAUAAAGCUGAAGUUGAGAAAUACAUCAAGAUUGUUGAUCAGCCCGCGAUCGUUAUUCACCUCGGAGCAUUCACCGGGAUCCUCCUGACUAUGGGGGCAUUGAAACGAGAUAAUCACGAUCAUUCGAAGUUCCACGCGGUAAUCCCGUUCGUUGCGCCGGACAGUCGCCAGCCGUACACCUAUGUCGAGGAAGAUCUGGGCCCUGCGGUCGUAGCUUUGAUCAACAAGUGGGAAGACGCUACUUGGAGGAGAGAACUGAGUAAAUCCCCAAUUCCUCUUGUCUCGUACGAUGCUACUGGAAGGGAAGUUGCCGACACUCUUGCGAAAGGUGACCGGAAAGGACGUUGACUUCGUCUCGGUGCCCGUGGAGGCGUUGCCCCCUCCUGUCAAACCUCUUGUCGAUUGGUGCAAGGAAGAUCUUUGGGGCUACGGGCACGAUAUCCCAGCGGACAUCCUUGUCAAGCUGGGCGUCCAGGUCCACACCUUGGAGCACUAUGCGAAAGAGAGGAUCAUUCCCUGGAUGAAUUCCUUGGAUUAGAUCCAGAUGGCCCUUGUCGCCGAAUGAGACCCCUUUAAUCUGCGGAAGGUGUUGGUAGAAUAGGUCGGCAUUAGCAGAGUUAUUUGAAGGGGAUCUUGUAAGGAUGACAGUGUCCAGUUGAGAUCGAAACUCGUAUGGGAUGAUGUUGA